CCUUUAAGGAAAGUUCGGAAGCUUCGACUCGUCACUCGUCUUCUACUCUACUGAAAUACCUAGUUGGCACCCAAACGAACCCGAAAAAGGAGCCGAGAUUUGGGGGUGAGAAAAUAAUGGAAGGAGUGGGGUCUCGGAUGGGCCGGACUUCGUCUCGGUACGGCCUAUCAGCGACGGCCACUGUUGUCAAUGGCCCGGUGAGGAAGUGGAAGAGGAAGUGGGUCCACGUGUCCCCUUCUCCCACCCUCAAUUACCGCAACAAUAACCCCUCCAACGGCCAUAACGACCAAAACAACAACGGGUCUCGCCUCCUCCUCUGUCGGUGGACCCCACUCACCCCCGCGGCCGCCACCAGCACAACCACCGAGGAUCCACCUAAACGCAAAUUCCGAUAUACCCCAAUUGCUGUACUAAAGGAACGCAGCAAGGCAGAAAAGAAGGCUGAACAAGAAGUUGAGAAGCAGUUGGUAGCGUGGCAAACUGCUAAGAAUGAUGAACAAAAUGAUGAAGAUGAUUUAAAGAGUGAAACUCAGGCAAACAGAUCAGCCUUUUCAGGACUUCCUGGGAUAAAAUUAAUGGAGUUUGAACUUCUAUUUGCUGCUAUAUGCAAAAGAAUUCAUGGUAUAAAGAUGUCAAAGACUUGAUCAGCGCUGCCUCACAUUAAGGUUGGCACAUCACCAGGUCCCAAGAAUGCAUGCCAUCCAAUGAUCAUGAAAUGUGUUGUUCUUGGUUGUUUCCAUACUCACAGAUAGGGAUUUUGUUUGUGUCUAAGCUUCAAUUCGUUGGAUUGUUAUCUCUGUGAUACUGGUGUCAAGCAAGAAUCCACUUCUCCUGCAGGAUUCAAACCUGAGCCAUUUGGAUUUGGGUUUGUGAGUAAAAGGCCGCAACAAUGACCUUGAUUCUGUCGGCCAGAGCAAAGAGGAUCAAGUGAAGAGAGCAAGCUCAGGUGGUUUGUGGACAAUUGGAUGACCCAAGAAACAGAAACCUAUAAGUUGUGCACUGGCAUGAAAGUCUGAUUUGGUUUCUCAUUGCAAUACCUGUGUAGCUCUUUUGAAUUAGGUUGUGCAACAUUACUUCACAUUGUAAUUAAUUGUAGGCAUCUUUUCUAGUUCAUUGAUGAAUGUUCUCUGUACUAGUUUCUGCAAUCUGUAUGUAUUUUUAACCCCCAUAGCUAUCUGCCCAGUCCUGAACUUAUGGGUUUGUUUGCA